AUCUCAAGCAGAUAUUUUCACCUCAAAUUCCAAUAUAAACAUACCCAUGUACACCACAGAGCCUAAAAUUCCCCAGAAAUGAAUGGAGCAGGGGAACAGGAAAGCUUGACAGAUUGGGAGGAAAUCCAGUCUCCAUUCCUCAAAUUACAGUCAACAGAACCGGACAGGAUUGUCUGCACAUCAAACGACGACUUGUCUGUCUUUCCUCCAAACCACCACGAAGGCUUACAGACACCGUCACAGGAUGUUCAUGUCCCAAUAUUCAACCAAGAGGAGCCAACUCCAUUGGUGCCUUCUCCUGAUGAGGAAGCAGAUCGGAAGCCUGGGAAAGCAGACAACGGAAUCGGGAAGGUUCUGAGCUAUGGGAUUUCAAGGGCUGUUGCUAGAAUUAGGUACUAUGUUGUGAGCAGAGGAUGGGGUUGUCUGUUGACAUUUCGGUCGGUGGCAGGAGUUGUAGCCGCCAUUUUGCUGUCUUUAGCGUAUGAAAAGGUGCGGAGGUGGCGUGGAACAGCCAGGGAAGAGAGGCAGCAUAAAUUGUUCCUUCUAAUUAAAGAGAAAGACCAGAAGAUCAAUCAGCUGUUGCUUCAAAUUUCCCAGUUGAAUCAGUUACUAUACUCACGGCGUCGGGUUCCGGUGUUUCGAACCGGUUAAUUGUUAGACAUGAAGGUGCUAUGUUCUACUAUACAUGAAAGAUAUAAAUAGAUUAUAUAUUGAACUUGGAUAUAUACCUGUACAACAAAUAAAAUAAAAUGCACGUUUCUCCUAGAUCUUCAUUUCCAGUAUUCUGUUUUCUUGUGCUUGUAAAUGUUAAUUUAUAAUGAUUUCUUUCUUCAAUGAAAAUUGAAGUAAAAA